AUGUCGUCUUCUAAAGUUAUCCUGUAUGCUUACCCUCAAUCGCCCUUUGCCGCCAAGCUCGAGCUCGUGCUCACGCUCAAGCAGGUCCCCUAUCACUACGUCGAGGUCGAGCGCAUGCCCCCGCGUCCGGCCCUCCACCUCCUCAAUAUCACCUACCGCCGCAUCCCCGUCCUUGCCAUCGACUCGGAUCUCUACCUUGAUACCUCACUCGCCGUGCAGGCGCUCGAAGAACGUUUCCCCGACUCGCCCUCGCUGUCCCAGUCCCACUGGGGGCUUCAAACCGCCACCGCGUUCCACUGGUCCGACCGAGCGAUCUUCCAACUUGCCGCAGGCGCACUUCCUUGGACCGAACUACCAGAAGGUUUCGUCAAGGAUCGUUCGGCCUACCGAGGGGGCCAGAUCGACCCCCAAACGAUGGUCGCCGCUAGGCCCAAAGUCUUGUCCGCCUUGAGAAGCCACAUUGUAUGUCCAUCCGUUCUUUUUUGCUCCAGAAAUAACGUGAUGGUUCGACCAGCGAAUUCAACUCGUCUCGUCUUGUCCUUUGCAGGACCUGGUCGAGAAGCAACUCGCGAGUCGAUCGUCGGAAAAGACUUUUUUGCUCGGUACCGACAAACCGACCUACCUCGACAUUUCGCUUUACUUUUCCCUCAACUGGGUCUCAGGUAUGUCAUGCAUCUUGUUAGAAUGUUGGAAAUUGUUUGGCGUACUGAACGCGGCUCGAAUUACAGGCUUUGGCACGGCGGAUUCCAUCUUCAAGCCGGCUUCGGGCACGUCCCCCGAUUUCCCAUUGACGUUCGCUUGGAUGACCCUAAUCAAGUCCGCCGUCGAAGAUGCCACCUCGACCGCACCAGGAAAGAAACAUCUCAGCCCCGAGGACGCCGUCACCUCGAUCACAUCUUCCCCGGCUUCGAAAACAAUCACGGUCGACGAGUGGGAUCCGCUCCUCGUCGCCAAGUGGUUCGCGAUCGGCGACCUCGUCGAAAUCACGCCCAAUGAUGUCGGCAAAGUACCCCAGAAGGGCAAGCUCGUCGGCCUGGACAAGGUCAAGGUCAGCUUGGAGGUCCAAGCCGAGGGAGGCAAGGGCACGUGCACGGUUCAUGCGCCGAGGUUGGGCUUUGAUGUCAAGAAGAUCAACUAA